UCACACCAAUCCAAACAGAUCCUCCAGCCGCACAGUCACCGGGAGCUGGACACAGAGGGAUCUGCGGGAUCGGGACUAUCAGCCGUCACUACGUCGAUACGUAUUCCGACUUUUCUCUUUGUGUAAACGGACAAAUCGUGAACAUAACGGGGCUGCUGGACACCGUGAGGACGGUAUGGGGGAGAACGUGGCGUUUGUGCUGUUACUGGUUGCGACCUUGACGCUUUCAUCCGAGGUGCCUGAUGAUGACUCGGUGGGUUUGCUAACCGAGCCCCAGGUGGCCAUGUUCUGCGGGAAGCUCAACAUGCACAUCAACGUGCAGAGUGGCAAAUGGGAGUCUGACCCUUCCGGCACCAAGAGCUGCAUUGGCACCAAGGAGGGCAUUCUGCAGUACUGCCAGGAGGUGUACCCAGAGCUGCAGAUCACAAAUGUUGUGGAGGCCAACCAGCCUGUCAGCAUCUCCAACUGGUGCAAGAAAGGCCGCAGGCAAUGCCGCAGUCACACACACAUCGUGGUGCCAUACCGCUGUCUGGUAGGUGAGUUUGUGAGCGACGCCCUGCUCGUUCCUGACAAGUGCAAGUUUCUGCACCAGGAGCGUAUGGAUCAGUGCGAGAGCCACCUGCACUGGCACACUGUAGCCAAAGAGUCGUGCGGAGACCGCUCCAUGAAUCUCCACGACUACGGGAUGCUGCUGCCAUGUGGUAUUGACCGUUUCCGAGGGGUGGAGUUUGUGUGCUGCCCGGCUGAGACUGAACGAGAGUCAGACAGUGCAGAGCUUGAGGGGGAGGAGUCUGAUGUCUGGUGGGGUGGAGCUGAGAGCGAAUACUCUGAUAACAGCAUGACACGUCCAGCGGACACAGAGCUGGCCGCCAGGGAGGAUGAUGAGGAUGAGGAUGAAGAGGUGGAAAAUUUUGAAAGGGAUGAAAACGGAGAUGGAGAUGAAGAAGACGAGGAAGAUGUCAUGACAGAUGAGCGGGAUAGUGAUGAUCGCAACACUAACGUUGCAAUGACGACAACUACAACCACCACCACCGAGUCAGUUGAAGAGGUUGUUAGAGCGGUUUGUUGGGCUCGUGCUGAGUCAGGCCCGUGUCACGCCAUGCUGGAGCGUUGGUACUUCAUGCCUGAGACGGGCCGCUGUGUCCCCUUCUUGUUUGGGGGCUGUGGGGGCAACAGGAAUAACUUUGAGUCGGAGGAAUACUGCCUAGCUGUCUGCAGCAGCUCGUUGCCCACGAUGGCCCCCAGUCCUCCAGACGCUGUGGAUCGCUACCUUGAAUCGCCUGGGGACGACAACGAGCACAACGACUUCCAGAAGGCCAAAGAAAGUCUGGAGGCCAAACAUCGUGAAAAGAUGUCCCAAGUCAUGAGGGAGUGGGAGGAGGCCGAGAGGCAGGCCAAGAAUCUUCCUCGUGCCGACAAGAAAGCAGUCAUCCAGCACUUCCAGGAAAAGGUGGAGGCUUUGGAGCAGGAGGCAGCAGGGGAGAGACAACAGCUGGUGGAAACCCACAUGUUACGGGUGGAAGCUCUGCUCAACAGCCGCCGACGCCUGGCUCUCGAAAAUUACCUGAGUGCCCUACAGGCCAAUCCUCCACGGCCCCGUCAGGUUUUGAGCCUACUGAAGAAGUAUGUCCGUGCAGAGCAGAAGGACAGGCAGCACACCCUGAAGCAUUACGAGCAUGUCCGCACGGUCGAUCCCAAGAAGGCCGCACAGAUCCGCUUUCAGGUGUUGACUUAUCUUUCUGUGAUUGAUGAGAGGAUGAAUCAAUCAUUGGGUCUGCUCUACAAAGUGCCCAGUGUGGCAAAUGAGAUCCAAAACCAAGUCGCGGUUAUAAUACAGAGGGUUCAGUCGGAGCUGUCUCAGCAAGUUUCUUCACUGCAGAGUGAUGAGCGGGUGGAUGGCAGGGUGAGUUACGGUAACGAUGCUCUGAUGCCUGAUCAGGCUUACAGCUCUGCCCCUAUGGACCCUGGCCUGGAUGGACUGGGCUUCAUUCACCCUGAGAGUUUCAACCAGCCUAACACAGAGAACCAUGUUGAACCUGUUGAUGCUCGUCCAAUUCCGGACAGAGGACUCCCCACACGGCCUGUAUCUGCCCUGAAGCCAGAGGAGAUGCCAGAGGUGCGGAUGGAGAGUGAAGAGAGGCAGAGUGCUGGAUAUGAAGUUUACCAUCAAAAACUGGUGUUUUUCGCUGAGGACGCCAGAUCCAAUAAAGGCGCCAUUAUCGGGCUGAUGGUUGGUGGGGUUGUCAUAGCGACAGUCAUCGUCAUUACCUUGGUGAUGCUAAGGAAGAAACAGUACACUUCUAUUCAUCACGGUGUAAUCGAGGUGGAUGCAGCUGUGACGCCAGAGGAGCGUCACCUGGCCAAGAUGCAGCAGAACGGCUACGAGAAUCCCACCUACAAAUUCUUCGAGCAGAUGCAGAACUAAAGAGCUGCUUUGCCGACAUUUCCCCGAGCCCCCCAGUGUCACCCCUACGCUCUGUUCCAAUCAGCUCCUUUGCCUCAGCCCCCGUACACGUUUCGUUCUCUGUUCAUGAGGAGGUGAAGGGUGUGAGGAUUUUUUGUUUUUGAAAGUAAGAAAAUGAUAACCCUUUGUCAGGGGGUUGGGCUAAAGAAAAGUGAUAUGGAACAAAGCCUUCUGAAAUCCCUUGAUUGUACAGACCUUACAUUUCCCAGCAACCUGGUUAGACAGUGGUACCCUGUUACACCUGCACAUUCCAGCCAGCCCCUAGAGUUCUCAUAGUGUUUGUACCGGAAACCCCGGCUGGCUGUUUAUGACGUCACAGCAGUGCAACGCCCACAGCUGAGACCGGUAACUUCCAGUUACUCCCUCAUUGCUCCUCAAACUGCCCCAGUGAGGGCUCUCAGAGCGACCCGUUGCACGAUUAAAGUGUUUCAGGUUUAUUUUUCAAAAAAUGAGGAAAAAAAAUGAAGAAAAAUAUAUACAAUCAAAAAUAUCUAAAAACAGAAAAAAAACAUCAAAUGUUUUUUUCUUUUUUAAUGUGUAAUAUAAGAGAGGUUAGCUGUAAGUAUAUGUAGUGCAUGGCAUAUUGAUGACUGAUAAAGUAUACUGUAUGUGGAGGUCCUCAGGAGGGGGUGGGGUGGGGUCAUCUCUAGAUAUUUUAGCAGGAUUGUACAUUUCUGGUGUCUUCUUUGUGGCUCUGUGAUAUGAGUAAGAAAACGAGCAUUCAGAAUUCGGUCUGCUUUGUCGUCACACAGACUUGCUUUAACUGAAUCUUAGCUCUUUAUGCUCAUCUCCAUGCUUCACUGUUGUGUUAGCUGCAUGGGCAAAAAAAAAAAGAAAAAGCUCUCUAUGUAUGUAAUAUAUGAAGUGUAAUAGUAUCCAAAAAGAAGAUGAUUGUGUUACUUGUUUGCAUUCUAUGCACUGUCAUUUUAUGAGUUUUGAUUAUUGCCACCAAAAAUUAUUGCUGUUAAGGUCUCCGAUGCCAACUGUCGCUGCACUUUGGAUUUUUAUUAGAAAGAGGAUCGAGAUCAAACCUUCAGACUGAACGUUUUUAUGAAAGCCUAUCAUUCCACUAUCUUUGUUGUAAAUAAUUUCAGUGACAUCUUCCUUCAUUUUAAUUCCCACUUCCCUCCCCCAAAGUCCUCAUGUUUAUCCUCUUGUUCUAGCUGUGUCAGCAAUAUUGUACAGUGCAGCACGUUGGGAGUCAUGUGCGAGCAUUUCAUAAGUAGCUCUUAUGAAGAUCAGACACUUUCUCCUCUUCACACACAUUCCUCCAUCAGAUCUCAUAUUCUAUUUUUCUACAUCUCCCGUGUAUACGUGUACAGCGCUUCUGUUUGUCCAGUGCUGAAUAUUUCAUUGCCUGCUGAGUCUAUAACAACUUAUGAAGAGGCAACAAAUUGCCACAUAUCACAAACACAUUUCCCUCUCUCUAAAUUAUUAAUGGUAACCAUGAAUGUGACGUGCAUAUUGUGCAUUUAUAUGAGAAAUACAACACAUAUCACCUGCACAUUGCACCCCACACACGGAUAGACACUAACUGAAGCUCUUAAUCAGGUGAUUGUUUGCAAUCUGUAUUGAUGCUCGCUCUGAGUGUCUUUGGAGCCUCGUGAUGAAACAAAUUGUGUUUGUUUGAUUUAUUUCCUCUCAUGGAUUCAGUGACCUUCCUCUGUGUGUAGUUAAAUGAACCAUUUGCUUAGUAGAAGCUUUCUACACUCACUAUACCAUCAAUAAAAUUUUGAAUGUA